AUGAUGUUUCGAAAUUUAUUGCCCCGCCACUGUUUCCCGCGAUUCCCUUCCACUGGCUGCCAUUCUUUGAAUUCUUCCUGUCCGCCAAACUGCCACUCCUUCACUUCGAGGUCAUUCAGGCGUUAUCUAUCGCGAAAGCCUCCACUGCGUCCGCUUAAGGGUGCUCUGGUUCUCUCACAACCACAGCGCCCAAGAAAGCCAUUAGAAGAUCUUUACCUCAAAUUCAAUCAGGCCAUUUCGAAAAACAAAGAAGCUACGAAGCUUUAUGAAGGGACUUCCCUCGGUUCAUAUGUUGUGACCACCCGAACUACAGCUAUAUUUUGCUUUCUGUAUGCUGGCUGGAACUUUUACACGACUACGUCCGAUCCUCUUCUGAGUGUAAGCCACUUCACGACCUAUGCUCUGGGCGGUAUAUGCAUUUUGAUGGGUGCUAUGGGCGCUGUAUUCGUUCGCCGUGGAACAAGUUUAAUAACUGGCAUAACUGCUUCUCCUACCCAUGGGAGUAUACCGGAAAUUCGAAUAAAGAUACGGCGGGCAAUUGGGUUUCUGAAACCCCGCGAGAUAGUCACUAGCCCAUCACAAGUGAAGCUAUCUAGCCCCAUAUUUGUCUCGAAGCAACAGCUACAAACCCACGAUAUGAGGCGAAUACGUGAAGCUUUCCAUGAACGCGCCAUUGGGCCGCGGUUAUCGUUCUUCAAAGAGCCCUUGAAGAAAAUAAGUUACUUUACCUGGAAAACUCUUAUAAACAUGCGACGCGCAUUCACGCAAGAAGGAUUCGUUUACGUUGAAGUCAAGGGCAUGUCUGGUACCUUUCGCCUGGACAUGACGGGCUAUUUUGGAGAUGAAUUUCUCGCUUUUGAAAGGUGCAUCGCUGAGGCAUCUCGGUGA